AGCCUAGGCCACGUGACACGGAGGGGCGUGCACCUAGAGCCGAUGACGUCAGCAGCAGCCUGGGGCCUCUUCCCUAGCCAUCCGGGGAACCCUGAGAGGAACUACCCCUCAGUCCUGGAUGGAGGGGGGUCUGUGUAAUUGCAGCUCUUCCGCGGCCUAAGUUGGCCCAAAUUAGGACUUUGAGUUGUGCUCCCUGCCUCUGAAAAGAAAAUUAUAAUUUUCAGCUUCUCCGUUGCUGAAGCCCCUCCCCUAGGUACCGUUUCAACACUCACGCGAUUUGUGAUCGCCUCCCCAGUGUCAGGUUCUCUCCUGGGGGCUGGGGAAUACAGUGAAGGAGACAGAUGAUGAGGUACUUGGCUUUCUCUUCUUUCACUACCCUUUUUGUACUCCUGUGGCCCUGGCUUCCUGGCCCCCGGUUUUGGGGCAGCCCUAACUGUGGGUGGCUGCAUCCUCAGGAGAGAAGCACUCGUCAUCGCGUAGGCUGCCAGGAGACCUUUUCUCUGAUUGGCCAGGGAGGCACCUGCCAUUGUUUCCCUUCGCAGCCCCCGUUAGUUCUGGCUGCCCCUUCUAUUGUUUGCCUCUUCCCCCCCUCCUCCACCACCCCACUUAUAAGUGGACCCUUGACGGCUCUCCUCGUAGCCGUCCACAGGAUUUGAAGUGUCAGAGGAGGGGAUUGGGUAAAAUGGCUUGAUUAUGAUGAGGAUGGAGAGGGGAAGCUGGGAAAGGCCAAGCUGGGUUUCUGUCUGUCCCUCUCCUCCCAGGGACCAGACGUCUCAUCCAGUUUGGCCCACCUCCUAAAGUCUGCAUUCUUUUUACCCAACCCUGGCAAGACCAAGGUGUCCUGUUCCGCAAGGCUAGUCAGUUCGGGAAAUAGCCCUGUCAUAAACACCUACUGUGGUCCGGGCAGUUUACCUCCCUCCUCUCUUUUCCAUUAUCACUGUGAAAGGCGUCCUGCGCCCAUUGGCUGGGCUGUGCUGUCUGGGGCCCGUCAGCCCAGCGCCAGCACCCAGAUCCACGUGCGCCCGUGUGUGUGACACAGCCCUGACCUCAGUGGGGGCCAGUAGCCAAUCAGGCGCCAGGACGAGAUCCCCAACCAAUCGGGGGCGGGGCCUGCGGUUCCGCCGGCAGGAAGCCAAUGAGGGGCAGUGCCUGGCGUUAUGCAACCCGCCUCCUGGCCCCGCCGGGUUUCCACUCGGCUGCGGGCUGCAACGGCGGCGGGCAGGCGGCAGGAGGGCGCUCGCGCGGCCAGGUGCUGGCUGUGAUCGAAUUUCUCAAUCCUCUGAGGCUUGAGCCUCCCACUUCACUCCCCUAGUCAGGCCUCCUGGCCCCCUUGUGCAUCCGUGGUGGCCUCUCUGCCCUCCCUGUUCUCCUGCCCUCCCCAUGGCCCAGACAUGAGCGGUCCCCUAGAAGGGGCUGAUGGGGGAGGGGACCCUAGGCCGGGAGAAUCCUUCUGUCCUGGAGGGGCUCCAUCCCCUGGGCCUCCACAGCAUCGACCUUGUCCCGGCCCCAGCCUGGCUGAUGACACGGAUGCCAACAGCAAUGGCUCCAGUGGCAAUGAGUCCAAUGGACCCGAGUCCCGGGGGGCAUCACAGCGGAGCUCACAUAGCUCCUCCUCGGGCAAUGGCAAGGACUCGGCCCUGCUGGAGACCACUGAGAGCAGCAAGAGCACAAACUCUCAGAGCCCAUCCCCACCCAGCAGUUCCAUCGCUUACAGCCUCCUGAGUGCCAGCUCGGAGCAGGACAAUCCAUCUACCAGUGGCUGCAGCAGUGAACAGUCAGCCCGGGCAAGGACCCAGAAAGAACUCAUGACGGCGCUGCGGGAGCUCAAGCUUCGGCUGCCACCAGAGCGCAGGGGCAAGGGCCGCUCUGGGACCCUGGCCACUCUGCAGUACGCGCUGGCCUGUGUCAAGCAGGUGCAGGCCAACCAGGAAUACUACCAGCAGUGGAGCCUGGAGGAGGGCGAGCCUUGCGCCAUGGACAUGUCUACCUACACCCUGGAGGAGCUGGAGCACAUCACGUCCGAGUACACGCUUCGCAACCAGGAUACCUUCUCCGUGGCCGUCUCCUUCCUGACCGGCCGCAUCGUCUACAUUUCCGAGCAAGCAGGUGUCCUGCUGCGCUGCAAGCGGGAUGUGUUCCGGGGUGCCCGCUUCUCAGAGCUCCUGGCUCCCCAGGACGUGGGCAUCUUCUAUGGCUCCACUGCCCCCUCUCGCCUGCCCACCUGGGGCACGGGGGCCUCGGCAGGUUCAGUCCUGAGGGACUUCGCCCAGGAGAAGUCCGUCUUCUGCCGCAUCAGGGGGGGUCCUGACCGAGACCCGGGGCCUCGGUACCAGCCAUUCCGCCUCACCCCCUAUGUGACCAAGAUCCGGGUCUCGGAUGGAGCCCCUGCACAGCCCUGCUGCCUGCUCAUCGCAGAGCGUAUCCACUCCGGUUAUGAAGCGCCCCGGAUUCCCCCCGACAAGAGGGUCUUCACCACACGGCACACGCCCAGCUGCCUCUUCCAGGACGUGGAUGAGAGGGCCGCCCCCCUGCUGGGCUACCUCCCCCAGGACCUCCUGGGAGCCCCAGUGCUCCUUUUCCUGCACCCUGAGGACCGACCCCUCAUGCUGGCCAUCCACAAGAAGAUCCUGCAGCUGGCUGGCCAGCCCUUUGACCACUCCCCUAUCCGCUUCUGCGCCCGGAACGGGGAGUACGUCACCAUGGACACCAGCUGGGCUGGCUUCGUGCACCCCUGGAGCCGCAAGGUGGCCUUUGUGUUGGGCCGCCACAAAGUACGCACGGCGCCCCUGAACGAGGACGUGUUCACUCCUCCGGCCCCCAGCCCCACUCUGGCCCUGGACGCCGAUAUCCAGGAGCUCUCAGAGCAGAUCCAACGGCUGCUCUUACAGCCUGUACACAGCCCCAGCCCCACGGGGCUCUGUGGAGUCGGCCCUGCCACUUCCCCGGGUCCUCUCCUCAGCCCUGGCUCCUCCAGCGACAGCAACGGGGGGGAUGCUGAGGGACCUGGGCCUCCUGCCCCGGUGACCUUCCAGCAGAUCUGUAAGGACGUGCACCUGGUGAAGCACCAGGGGCAGCAGCUCUUCAUUGAGUCCCGGGCACGGCCCUGCCCCCGGCCUCGUCUCCCAGCUACGGGCACAUUCAAGGCCAAGACUCUUCCCUGCCAGUCCCCAGACCUAGAGGUGGAGGCGGCCCCUGCUCCAAGCCAGGUUCCUCCAGCCUUGGCCCCUGAGGAGGCUGAGAGGAAAGACGCCUCCAGUUGCUCCUACCAGCAGAUCAACUGCCUGGACAGCAUCCUCAGGUACCUGGAGAGCUGCAACCUGCCCAGCACCACCAAGCGCAAAUGCGCCUCCUCCUCCUCCUGCACCGCCUCUUCGGCCUCCGACGACGACAAGCAGAGGCCAGGCCCCGUGUCUAUGGGAGCUAAGAAAGAUCCGUCGGCAGUGCUGUCUGGGGAGGGGGCCAGCCCUCAGAAGGAGCCGGUGGUGGGAGGCAGCCUGAGCCCGCUCGCCCUGGCCAAUAAGGCGGAGAGCGUGGUGUCCGUCACCAGUCAGUGUAGCUUCAGCUCCACCAUCGUCCAUGUGGGAGACAAGAAGCCCCCGGAGUCGGACAUCGUCAUGAUGGAGGACCUGCCUGGCCCGCCGCCCGGCCCGGCCCCCAGCCCCACGGUCGCCCCUGACCCAGCCCCAGACGCUUACCGCCCGGUGGGCCUGACCAAGGCCGUGCUGUCCCUGCACACGCAGAAGGAGGAGCAGGCCUUCCUCAGCCGCUUCCGAGACCUUGGCAGGCUGCGUGGACUCGACGGCUCCUCCACGCCCCCCUCAGCCCCUGGCUGCCCCCAUGGCCCUGCACCCCCCAGCCGCCGACACCACUGCCGAUCCAAAGCCAAGCGCUCACGCCACCACCAGACCCCUCGGGCCGAAGCCCCCUGCUGUGUCUCCCACCCCUCACCUGUGCCAUCCUCUGCCCCCUGGCCCCCCCCACCAGCCGCUACUCCCUUCCCAGCUGUGGUCCAGCCCUUCCCCCUCCCCAUGUUCUCCCCCAGAGGCGGCCCCCAGCCUCUCCCCGCCGCCCCCACAGCCGUGCCUCCUGCACCUUUUUCUGCCCCCCUGGUGACCCCCAUGGUGGCUUUGGUGCUCCCUAACUAUUUGUUCCCUAACCCAUCUUCCUAUCCCUACGGGGUGGCCCAGGCCCCCGCCGAGGGGCCUCCUACUCCUGCUUCCCACUCCCCGGCCCCGUCUCUGCCCCCGCUGCCCCCCAGCCCUCCACACCGCCCAGACUCUCCGCUCUUCAACUCAAGAUGCAGCUCUCCGCUGCAGCUGAACCUGUUGCAGCUGGAGGAGCCCCCUCGUGUGGAGGCGGGGGCUGGAGCAGGGGGCCCUGGAAGCAGUGCUGGGCCCCCCGCUCCCAGCCAGGAGGCUGCUGAGCCAGAGGCCAGACUGGUGGAGGUAACUGAGUCCUCCAACCAGGAUGCGCUCUCGGGCUCCAGUGACCUGCUGGAGCUGCUGCUGCAAGAGGACUCGCGCUCUGGCACAGGCUCUGCGGCCUCGGGCUCCUUGGGCUCUGCCUUGGGCUCGGGGUCUGGUUCAGGCUCCCACGAGGGGGGCAGCACCUCAGCCAGCAUCACACGCAGCAGUCAGAGCAGCCACACGAGCAAGUACUUCGGCAGCAUCGAUUCUUCCGAGGCGGAGGCGGGGGCUGCCCAGGCCAGGGCUGAGCCCGGGGACCAGGUCAUCAAGUACGUGCUCCAGGACCCCAUCUGGCUGCUCAUGGCCAACGCUGACCAGCGCGUCAUGAUGACCUACCAGGUGCCCUCCAGGGACAUGGCCUCUGUGCUGAAGCAGGACCGGGAGCGGCUCCGGGCCAUGCAGAAGCAGCAGCCUCGGUUCUCGGAGGACCAGCGGAGGGAGCUGGGGGCCGUGCACUCCUGGGUCCGGAAGGGUCAGCUGCCUCGGGCUCUUGACGUGAUGGCCUGUGUGGACUGCGGCAGUAGCACCCAAGACCCCGGCCACCCUGAUGACCCGCUCUUCUCGGAAAUGGAUGGACUGGGGCUGGAGCCCAUGGAGGAGGGUGGCGGCGAGGGGGGUGAGGGUGAGGGUGGCAAUGAGGCCCGCGCCCAAGCUGGAGCCGGAGCCUCAAGCUCUCAGGACCUGGCUAUGGAAGAGGAGGAACAGGGUGGGAGCUCGUCCAGUCCAGCCUUACCUGCCACAGAAGAUGGCACCAACUAGACUGCAUUCGGGAGCCACCCCCGGGCGUGUGUGAGAAGCUUCUCUCCCGUGUCGCAACUCUCCGCACUCAGACGUGGCUGGACCAACUGCUAGAAAAGUGCCCCAGCUUCUCCUGCUGUAGGGGGCAGGACCCCCGUCGCCGGCCCAGCAUCCAGGGGCUGCCUCUGGCCUCCUAGGAGACAAAAGGAUGGAAUUCUUCAGCCCAGCUCAGCCUAGAGAAGCCUCCCUCCCCUCCCUAGUGAGGAGCCCAGCCUUCCCCUGGACACGGUUGCGGACAAGCUGAAGUGGUCUCUCCAAGUCCCAGCUGAGCCGGAAUCCCUGGCCCCGAGGGUUGGGGCUGCACUUAUUUAUUGGGGAGAUGGCCCUCUCUCCCACCUCCUCCCCAAGUGUGAGGGCGGGGGCUGGAGGCCCAAGCAGGACCCAGCGGUCCAAACCCCUAGCUGCUCCAGGGUGGGGGAGGUUGGUGGACCAUGGAGUCCCUGGUGCUGCCCCUCAGGUGGGACCCAGACGUUCUCAGCUGUACCCUCUACCAGUGGCAUUUGUGUUUUUGAUAUUGUGUCUGUUAUUAUUUUUUAAUACAAAAAGAAAAAAAAA